AUGUUGUUCCUCUGUUGUUCCUCAGAGCCGGACUGGGUGUCAGUGACUCUCGGUGUGUUCGUGUGUCAGGGAUGUUCACUCAUACACAGAAGCAUUCCCAUCCUCAGCCGGGUGAAGUCUGUGCCACAGGACGCGUUUGAGGAGAAAGAGAUCGAGUUUAUCACUUCUGUGGGGAAUGAAGCGGCGAAGGCCAAAUACGAACAGCAGGUUCCUCCGUUUUAUCACCGCCCCUCGCUCACAGACUGCAGAAUUUUGAGGGAACAGUGGAUCAGAGCCAAGUAUGAGCGACAGGAGUUUAUACACAUCGAGAGACAAGAGCCGUAUUCAGCAGGAUAUAGAGAGGGUUUUCUGUGGAAACGCGGGCGAGACAACGGGCAGUUCCUCAGCCGCAAGUUCAUUCUGUCUGAGAGAGAGGGAGCGCUCAAGUACUUCAACAAACAUGACGCUCGAGAACCGAAGGCUAUAAUGCGGAUUGAAACUCUGAACGCUGCGUUCCAGCCGGCGAAGAUCGGGAACCCCUGCGGUCUGCAGAUCACGUAUCUCAGAGACAACAGCACCAGGAACAUCUUCGUGUACCAUGAAGACAGUAAGGAAAUGGUCGACUGGUUCACUGCGAUCCGGGCCGCACGGUUUCAUUACCAAAAGGUGGCGUUUCCUGGAGCUAAUGAUGAGGACUUGGUGCCGAGACUGACCAGGAACUUCAUGAAGGAAGGAUACAUGGAGAAAACCGGCCCGAGGCACACAGAGGGCUUUAAGAAGAGGUGGUUCACCAUGGACGAUAGGAGACUAAUGUACUUUAAAGAUCCUUUGGACGCAUACGCGCGUGGCGAGGUGUUCAUCGGCAGUAAGGAGAACAGUUAUACGGUGUUGUCCGGUCUUCCGCCCGCGACUCAAGGACAACACUGGAAGUUCGGGAUCACCAUCGAAACCCCGGAAAGAAAGUUCCUGUUCGCCUGUGAAACCGAGGCGGAGCAGAAGGACUGGAUCGCUGCGUUUCAGAGAGUCGUGAACCGGCCCAUGAUGCCUCAGGAGUACGCAGUCGAGGCUCAUUUCAAGCACAAGCCUUGAUGUCGGCGGGACAGACUGGACAAUCGACAGCAGUUUCGUCCAGUGACCGACAUGGAAGAGCAUUGAAACGACCCUUCUUACCUUGAUUUAGUGCUAACGGACUGAACACUGGCCUGUGUGGACGAGUCUCCAGCGGCGAAGUCUACAUUAAUCCGGAUACAUUUAAAAACGGCGUUUUCGUUUAAAAACGCUCUCCGUCCACACUAGCGUUUCAGACGUUUGCGUAAACCCUCACAAAAGCUCACUGAGAUGAUACAGACAGAAAAAUAAAUAAUAAAGUUAUCGCUCAAUUCUUCUGACAGGAUCAUUUUAUUUAGCAAAAUAUCUCAUCAUUCACUGAUGCGUCCAGCAAACUCACUCACCAUUAUAUGUUCGGUCUAAAACUGCUCAUGUUUCGCCGCAGGACAGCAAAUGCGAGUGAGUUUUCUGCCAUCUUUGCAGGACUGUGAUAUGAAGAGUGUGUAAAGUAACAUAUUUUAGCAACUG